UGUUCCCCGCAGAUGUUCAGCAGACUCUGCUGAUUAGAGUCCAUGCUCCUGAGGGAGGAAGGCCCAAUAUGGACCAGCAGGACCCACAGCCCCUCCACAUAAAGAAGGAACAGGAGGAACUCUGGACCAGAUUGGAGGGAGAGCAGCUCAGUGUGAAGGAGGAGACUGAUGCUACAGAGUUCUCAUUCACUGCAGUUACUGUGAAGAGUGAGGAUGAUGAAGAGAAGCCUCUGUUCUCUCAGCUUCAUCAGCACCAAAUGGACCACAGAGAUGUUCCAAACAGCAGCUCAGCUGACCAGAUGAAAG